AUGAGCUCCAUCAGUGAAGCAACUACCAAAUUUUGCCUUGACUUUUUCAAAGUACUGAAUGAAGAUCGUCCAUCUGAAAAUAUCAUCCAUUCUCCUCUGAGUAUCUCAGCUGCCCUGGGCAUGGUCCUUCUUGGGGCCAGAGGUAAUACUGCCACCCAGAUGGAAACGGUGCUUAACUUCACAGAACUUAGAGAAAAUGAAAAUCCUGGGACUGGAAGCUCUUCUGAAGCAACAAGAAGUGAUGACAAUUCAGUGAGCAGUCGCAGACUACCUCUUCCUCCCCAGCGGCCUGUUCCUGAUGAUCAGUGUGAUAUACCUGGAGGGAUUCAUUCCCAGUUUCAUGACAUCUUCUCAGCAAUCAACAAACCCACCACUUCUUAUGAACUGGCUAAUGCCAACAGACUGUAUGGAGAACAGACAUUCCAGUUUCUUCAGCAAUACCUAUCCUGCAUUCAAAAGUUAUACCAGGCUGAAUUGAAACCAUCUGAUUUUCUGAAUGCUGCAGAGGAAACCAGGGAGCAGAUAAAUUUGUGGGUUGAAACCUUUACAAAGGGUAAAAUCAAGGAUCUCUUUGCCCCGGGCACUCUUUCUACUGAUACUGUGUUAGUCCUUGUGAAUGCUGUCUACUUCAAAGGACAAUGGGAAGUGGAAUUUAAGAAAGAAAACACCAAAGAAAGACCUUUCCAGAUUAACGAGACUACAAGCAAACCUGUGCAGAUGAUGUACCAGAAGGGCAAAUAUAAAAUAGCUACAAUCGAGGAGCAUGAUUGUCAGGUGCUUGAACUCCCAUACAUCGGUGGUGACCUGAGUAUGUAUAUACUGCUGCCAAAAGACUAUAUGGGUCUAACACAGCUGGAAAAGGAACUUACCUAUGAGAAAUUAACAACUUGGAAUAGCCCUGACCAUUUGAAAGAAGAUGAAGUGGAGGUGUCUCUUCCUCAGUUCAAAAUUGAGACAAGCGCUCAACUUAAACAAUAUUUAGAGGCUUUAGGAAUGACCGAUGUGUUUCGCCCAGGAGUAGCGGAUUUAUCUGGAAUGGCAAAAGAAGGUGGCCUGUUUGUGAGUCAGGUUGUCCAUAAGGCUUAUAUAGAGGUCAAUGAAGAGGGCACUGUGGCAGCAGCUGCAACAGGAGAUGAAGUGACUACAACCUCAGCCGGGAUACCUGUACAGUUUGUAGCUGACCACCCUUUCCUCUUCUUUAUCAGACACCAAAAAACCAAAUGCAUUCUCUUCUAUGGUAGAUUUUCUUCCCCUUAA